CUGGCGGCGGAGGGCAUGUAUACGGGACAGUUCGUGUACUGCGGCCGGAAGGCCACCCUUCAGAUCGGCAAUGUGUUGCCCAUCGGCACUAUGCCUGAGGGAACUGUGGUCUGCAAUCUCGAAGAGAAGGCCGGAGAUCGCGGUCGCAUUGCCCGCGCGUCAGGCAAUUACGCCACUGUUAUCUCUCACAACACAGACACACGAAAAACACGAGUAAAGUUGCCGUCCGGGGCCAAGAAAGUGGUUCCUUCCACCAACAGAGGAAUGGUUGGCAUUAUUGCCGGCGGCGGACGUAUUGACAAACCAAUCCUGAAGGCCGGCCGCGCGUAUCACAAAUACAAGGCUAAGAGGAACUGCUGGCCUAAAGUUCGAGGAGUGGCUAUGAAUCCUGUGGAACAUCCGCACGGAGGCGGUAAUCACCAACACAUCGGACACGCGUCCACUGUUAGGAGAGAUGCCAGCGCUGGACGUAAAGUGGGUCUCAUCGCCGCCAGACGUACCGGUCGUAUAAGAGGUGGAAAGAAAGAAGUGAAAGACGAGACCAAAUGAGCACUGAUUUGUUUUGAUAUUUAACAAUAUUAGAAAAAUAAAAUUGAUAUCAAUUAAGAA